UGUUACGAGCGGGCGUCAGUAACACAGACGGAUCCACCUGACAUCCAGUCAAAGAUCGUUUCGAGGAGCUUAAGAGUUGUAUGAAACAUCACACACAGACGAGAAUGUCUAGCUAUUCUUAAUUUUCUGCGGGUGGAAAUCCAAUAUGGCGUCCCCGUUUAUCAAGUGUUGCCGGUCCGUGAAGCACCUGCCUACUAGGCUGAUAUGUGUCCUGAUCCUUCUGCUACAGGCGGCCGGCCUAGACUACUACCUAGUCACCUACAAAAACCUAAGUUGGGCAGGAUGGGCGGCUGCCGACAUUGUCGUCCUCAUCCUUCUUAUCAUCUCCUUUUAUUUCGGCUACAGAUUUCACCAACGACAGAAGUCGUCUGAAGAAGAAGACACCGAAGAUCUUGAAAUACACACACGUGUCGGAGUUGUUACCUGGUUUGUAUAUGCAUCAGUUUUAUGUUUCAAAGUGGCUUAUGCAUUUAAAGACUUUUCACACAAGUUGGAUGAAAAUGAUUUCUUUGGAGAAAACACACUGAAAACAACAAUUGCAUUAGCUGGAAUAGUUUUCCUGAUUUUGCUCACCACGCUUCACGAUGCUAAGCCAGGUUCUGGUAGGCGUAAGUAUAUUGAUGAACUGACCGGUACAGUCAUAUUCGACAUUUUAGAUUGUGUAGACAGCAUGGAGAUUUUAUUCGACGAAGAAGCACGUGCAAAUAUUCUACCGAGUUUGGAUGACACUAUUAUAGGAAUUGCUUGCAUUAACUUUCUGUUGCCGACAAUUCCACUGAUAACUCUUGCGAAAACGAAUUUUGGGCAUAAAAAACUAUCGGAAAAAAUGGUAAUUCUACAUAAAGUGUUGCUGGCAUUCAUGGUAAACCUUCCACUUCUGAUCACUCGAAUGGUUGUAUGGCACGGAAUGAGUCACGGAAUCUCAAUAUUCUCUUUGAAAAAUAUUAUUGUUAUUGGUAUGGUGUCAUAUGACCUUUACGAAACUCAUGAAAGUGAAGAAGAUGACCCAGCUCAGAGACAUUCGGAAAACAAUGUCCCCAGUUAUGCUUUGGAGGAUAGGUUUAACUAUUAGGACCUGUUUUAUUUGUUCCUUAACGAUGUUUGAUCGUG